AUGGAGAUUGUGAAUCACCGUGUGGUAUCUCGAGCCGAGGGAAAUCAUGAUCAGAGAAUCAAGAAAUCCAAGAAAGAUGAGCGCGAUCUGUCGGACUGUGAGAGUGAGACGAGCGAAGUGUUGAGCGUCGGCAGUGAGCCGACACCAGGUACCGAUGGUGUUGUAGUCGAGCCGCAGGACUACGAGACAGCGCGAUACCUGGAGAAUCCAUUGUCACGAUUGGAUUACCAAGAGGAGCGUAGAUUAGGUGUUGUAUCGUCGCGUUCGCCAUCGCCAUCGCCAUCCAACGAUUCCGGUAGUUGCAAUAUUCCCCAGAGCCCAGCGAGCUAUUGUAGCCCCCAACUGGCCCCAUCAUCGCCAACGGCCUCGUCCAUAAGAUCACCGGCAUCAUCGAGUGCCACUGCCUCAUCGCCCGGCAGAUCGGAUACGAUUCAAGAGGGAAUCAUAGCGGCAAGGUACCAAACAGCUCAUCAAUCCUACUCCCAACACUUAUUAACAAGAUUUACACGUGAAUCUGAUCUCGGUGAUUAUCCGUCCGGUACCAAGAUACCCCUGAAUCAUGAAUUACCAUAUCAAAGUGUGGAGAGACUGCACAGAACACCGAUAAGCCUUCCACUAGCAACUAGACUCUCCCUGUCACCGCCAUCGAGUACAACAGUCAAUGGUCUCCAGGCAACUGGCCCACCAGCAGGCUUUCAUCAAAAUUGUCGUGAAAGCUCCCUACUUGCUCAUUCAGCUCAUCUCCACACAGCGGCCCAUCCCCUCAUUCAUCAGUCAUCGCAAGUGCAGCAUGUACCAGCGACAACGCUACUUCAUCAUCAUCAUCAUCAUCAGCUCUCUCAUUACAAUCAGCCACAAUCUCAUAAACACAAUCACCAGGUACAGCACAGAUUGUCCGUCAGUAAAUUACUUCAAAAUUCACCAAUCAGGGAGUCAUCAAGUCCAGUAUCGCCCAUUCGCGAUGACACAAUAAUGAGAAGUAAUAUCUCACCCGCAAACAAUAGUCUUCAAAUCAACAACAACAAUAGUCAUCAUCGAAAUAACAACAACAACAAUAGCAACGAAAAUAACAACAGCAAUAAUAACAACAACAAUAAUAGCAAUGAUAACGAUAAUAUUCAAGGGAAUUUGAAGUUCAGUAUAGACAAUAUAUUGAAAGCUGAUUUUGGAAGGAGAAUAACAGAUCCGAUAUCGUUGAAAAAAUCGCGACCCAAGAAAGUUGUUCAUCGGCCGAUUGAUCUCACCAAAGACUUCCUCGAUUCGUCCUCGGAAAAUUCAGACAGGGGGUCUGAAUCGGCAAAUGUAACAAAUCCAUCGCCAGUGACAACGACCUCGGGUACAGGAGCGUUAAAUGGUACAUCAGCGAGCAGUGGAUCUGACACAUCUAAGCCGAUGCUGUGGCCAGCCUGGGUUUACUGCACGAGAUACUCGGAUCGGCCAUCCUCUGGACGAAGUCCGAGAACGAGGCGGGUGAAGAGGUCGAUUGACACGAAAGCCGCUGGUUCAACACCCGAAGAGAAAAGGCCGAGGACUGCAUUCAGUGGUGAUCAAUUAGCAAGACUAAAACGUGAAUUUGCUGAGAAUCGAUAUCUCACGGAGCGUAGACGACAGCAAUUGUCUAGGGAUUUGGGUCUCAAUGAGGCGCAGAUAAAAAUUUGGUUUCAAAAUAAGAGGGCGAAAAUUAAAAAAGCCAGUGGCCAGAAAAAUCCACUAGCACUUCAGUUAAUGGCACAGGGACUCUAUAAUCAUUCAACUGUGCCACUCACUAAAGAGGAGGAAGAGCAGGCUGCAGAACUCCAAACUAAGUGA